CCCACCCACACGCUCUUAUAUCUUCUUCUGAGAAAAUAGAAAAGGGAAUAAUUUAUAAGAGGUAAGAAACAAAAAAAUGGGGUUUAUGUAUCAUAUAUCAUAAAUAUGUGAAGUUUCAAGUAAAAGAAAGAGCAAAAACACAAAACCAUGCAGACAGUUGAAAUAAAGGUAAAAAUGGACUGCCAUGGCUGUGAAAGGAAAGUCAGAAAUGCUGUUUCCUCCAUGAAAGGUGUGAAAUCAGUGGAAAUAAACAGAAAAGAUAGCAGGGUGACAGUGACUGGUUAUGUAGAAAAAAACAAGGUGUUAAAGAAAGUACAGAAAACUGGAAAGAAAGCUGAAAUCUGGCCAUAUGUUAAAUAUAAUUUAGUAUCAAAUCCUUAUGCUGUUGGAGUAUAUGAUAAGAAGGCACCUUCUGGUUAUGUCACGAUUGAUCCUCAAGCUCUUCAAAUUCCAAAUACACCUUCUGAGAUAUUCACUUCUAUGUUUAGUGAUGAAAACCCUAAUGCUUGUUCAAUUAUGUAUUCGAUCAAUAUUAGCUAUACGGGUCGUCGCGGUGGAGACUCACGCUAUGCGCCAGUGGCUCGUAAUGCUACAGACGGGCUACGACGGGGUCGGGGAUGUUCAGCAUUGUCUCAACGUAUCGUCCAGACUGAAGAUGCAGAGCAUCAAGGGGAGUCAGAAGAACAAUUUCAGAUUCACAGAAGGCCUAUUCAGCGUGGGUAUCAUGGUUGCGGCAGAACAGGGUGCUUCAGAGGUAAUGCGGUGGCUUAUGAGCUUCUGGGCCAUGUGGUAUGUGUUAAGAUCAUCUGUAUUUGGGCCUUGACUGGGAUUAUUGCAUAUCGACUAUCUGAAGGAAUGGGUCAAUUCAGUAGUGUUGGGCCAGCAUAG